AUGUCAGGGUCAGCUGGAAGAAGAAAGAGGAAGAUAAGAUGGAGCAAGCUCUAUUCCUAUGGAUGCUUCAGACCACCCUACACUCUUGAUUCUGAUCCUGGCCAGCAGCUACUGGGUCAACCCGGGUUUUCGCGUGUGGUUUUCUGCAACGAACCUCAGCUGCACAAGGCUAAGCCUUACAAGUACCCCAAGAACUAUGUAUCCACAACCAAGUACAGCAUUGUGACAUUUCUCCCCAAAGCGUUUUUCGAGCAGUUCCGCAGAGUUGCCAAUCUUUAUUUCCUUCUAGCUGCAGUUUUGUCCAGCACUUAUUUGGCUCCAUUUAAUCGAAUAAGUGUGAUUGCUCCUUUGGUGUUUGUUGUGGGGGUUAGCAUGAUUAAAGAGGCUGUGGAGGAUUGGCACAGAUUCUUGCAGGAUUUGAAUGUGAAUUCAAGAACUGUAAGUGCUCAUGUUGGAGGUGGCUUAUUUGUUGAAAAGACUUGGCAAGGACUUUGUGUUGGAGAUGUUGUUAAAGUUAACAAGAAUGAGUAUUUUCCAAGUGAUCUUCUCUUGCUGUCUUCUAGCUUUGAGGAUGGCAUAUGUUAUGUAGAGACCAUGAACCUCGACGGAGAAACUAAUCUGAAAUGUAAGAGAAGCUUAGAAGCCACACUUGACUUGGCAAAUGAUCAAGCAUUUAGUGGAUUCAAGGCCACAAUUCGCUGCGAGGAUCCAAAUCCUCAUCUUUACACCUUUGUGGGGAAUUUUGAGUUGAACAAUGUAACACAUCCCUUGUGCCCAGCCACACUGCUUCUAAGAGAUUCAAAACUUAGAAAUACUGAUUACAUUUAUGGGGUUGUGGUCUUUAGUGGACCUGACACAAAAGCAGUGAGGAACUCAACAAGAUCACCAUCCAAGCGUAGUAGGAUUGAAAGAAAGAUGGAUCUUGUCAUUUACCUUCUCUUUUCAAUGCUUCUUUUGAUUUCAGUGGUCACUUCAACUGGUUUUGCAGUGUAUCUGAAAUCGGAAAUGGCUAAGUGGUGGUAUCUUUCUCUGCAAGAUAAUGAUGAUGAACUCUUCAAACUAUCAAAGCCUCAAGUAUCUGGUUUCUUUCAAUUUGUAAGAGCUCUAAUUUUAUAUGGCUACUUGAUCCCCAUUUCUCUCUAUGUAUCUAUUGAGGUUGUCAAAGUUUUGCAAGCCAUGCUCAUUAACAAGGAUAUAGAGUUGUAUGAUGAAGUUACAUGCAAGUCAGUUCAAACCAGAACAUCCAACUUGAAUGAAGAACUUGGUCAGGUAGAGAUGAUUCUGACGGAUAAAACGGGGACUUUGACAUGUAAUCAGAUGGAAUUUAGGAAAUGCUCUAUUGCUGGAGUUUCAUAUGGGGGUAACGUUAAUAAGAUCGAUUGUGCAGCAUCGAAAAGGAUGAAUGUUGAGGUUGAGUCGUAUCGUUUUAGUAUGGAUGAACUUGAAACAGCAAGUGAAAGCUUUGAAAUGUUUGAGUUUUCUGUGGCGGAUGCUAGCACCGAAAAAGCUGCUCUUGCUGGACAUAAGCAGAUGCAGAACUUGAGUGCAGAAUGCUCGAGAAUCUCUAGUGUGGAGGGAGAACCUGCCAUUAAAGGCUUCAACUUUAGGGAUGAUAGGCUUAUGAAAAGAAAGUGGAUUUACAGGUCCAACUUAUUUGAUGUGACAAUGUUCUUUAGAGUCAUGGCUCUAUGUCACACAGGCAUACCUGUCGAGGGUGAUCAGGCUCCAAAGCUAAAGUAUGAGGCAGAGUCACCAGAAGAAGUAUCUUUUCUAAUUGCUGCACAAGAAUUUGGAUUUCAAUUUUUUCAAAGAAGUCAAUCCGUUAUGCAUCUCAAGGAGUUCGAUCCGUCUUCUGGAAAGGUGGUUGAGAGGAAGUACAAACUUUUAAACCUUCUAGAGUUCUGCAGUGCCCGAAAGAGAAUGUCAGUUAUUGUAAGCAAUGAAGAUGGUGAAAUCUUUCUCCUAUGCAAAGGGGCAGAUAACAUUAUCUUCGAUAUGCUUGCAGACAAUGGUAGGUCUUACCAGCAAGCUACAACUCUACACCUUUCAGAUUAUGCAGAAGAUGGAUUUCGAACUCUAGCAUUUGCUUAUCGGAAACUUGAUGCUGUCGAGUAUGAAAAAUGGAACUCAACAUUUACCAAGGCUAAGACUACAAUAGGUCCUGAAAGAGAAGAAGUACUCAUAGAAGCAUCUGCAAUGAUUGAAAAGGAAUUAAUUCUAUUAGGGGUUGUUGCUGUUGAAGAUAAGUUACAAAAAGGGGUUCCGGAAUGCAUAGAUAAACUUGCACAAGCAGGAAUUAAAAUAUGGCUGCUCACUGGUGACAAGAAAGAAACUGCAAUAAAUAUUGGAUUUGCUUGCAGCUUACUUCGGCAGGAUAUGAAACAGUUUCAUCUGAUUUUGGGCAAAAAAAGUGCAGCUAGUAACCGAUUGAAGGAGAUGAAGGAAGACAUUUUAAACCAACUUGAAGGCUUUCAGAAAGUGAAGUCUGAAGAAGGCAACAAAGAUGCACCCUUGGCUUUGAUAGUAGAUGGCAAAGCUCUUGAAAUUGCUCUGAGAAGUGAUGUGAAGGACCAGUUCUUACCGUUGGCCGUUGAUUGUGCUUCUGUUAUAUGCUGCAGGGUGUCUCCAAAACAAAAGGCUCUGAUUACUCGAUUGGUAAAGAAGCAUACAGGCAAGACAACCUUGGCAAUUGGAGAUGGGGCAAAUGAUGUUGGCAUGAUUCAAGAAGCUGAUAUUGGAGUAGGAAUCAGUGGCAUGGAAGGAAUGCAGGCAGUCAUGGCCAGUGACAUCUCAUUGCCUCAAUUCCGAUUCUUGGGGAGAUUGCUUAUUGUUCAUGGGCACUGGUGUUACAAGAGGAUUUCAAAAAUGAUUCUCUACUUUGUGUACAAGAACAUUGCAUUUGGCCUCACACUGUUUUACUAUGAAGUAUACACAAGGUUCUCAGGGGAGGUCUUAUAUGAUGAUUGGUAUAUGGCACUGUUCAAUGUGAUUUUGACAUCUUUGCCUGUUAUAUCAUUGGGGGUCCUUGAGCAGGAUGUUUCAUCAGAAGUGUGCCUCAAGUUUCCGGCUCUUUACCAACAAGGCCAAAAGAACAUAUACUUCACUUGGAGCCGCAUCAUCGGUUGGAUACUCAACGGCAUUGUAGCAUCUCUAGUCAUCUUCCUUGCAAACAUAUGCACUAUUUCUACCUUCGACAAACAUGGUAUUGUUGCAGAGAAAGCCUUCAACAAAGAUGGCCAUGUCGCAGACAUCACACACCUCGGCGCCAUGACAUAUACAUGCAUUAUCUGGACAGUCAACUGCCAGAUAGCCCUCAUCAUCACCCACUUCACUUGGAUCCAACAUCUCUUCAUAUGGGGAAGCAUCGUCAUCUGGUACAUCUUCCUGUUCUUCUACGGUGCGCUACCUCCUGCCAUUUCUAAUAGAGGCUUUCGUGUUCUUGUCGAAGCUCUUGGCCCUGCACCCAUUUACUGGCUUGUCACAUUGCUAGUUGUGGUAGCUGCUCUUCUUCCUUAUUUCAUCCACAUUGCCAUCCAAAGGUCGUUUUAUCCAUUAGAUGACCAUGUCAUCCAAGAAAUGAAGUUCUGCAGGAAAGAUAUUGGGAAUAAUAAUCUGAUCUGGGAGAGGGAACAGAACAACUCAGUGAUGAUGACCCAGAUUGGAUUUUCAGCUAGAGUUGAUGCAAGGAUUAAGAUUAUGAAGGAAAACUUGAACCAGAAGCGACAGUUGAUAUAUAGAUCAGUAACAAGCAGUCCAAUAUUUAGGUCACUAACAAGCAGUCCAAUGUAA